AAUGUCUAUAUAUAGAUGAGUGCAAAGACUGCAAAGGACGAGUUGCAGAAAUCAAUAGCAGAUAUGGAGAUAGAGAAGAGCGAGGUGGCGGUGAAAGAAGAGACACGGAAACGCCAGCAUCGUCGUGGAGGAAUCCGAACAUUGCCUUUCAUCCUUGCAAAUGAAUUCUGUGAUAGAUUUGCAGUAGCUGGUUUUAAUGGCAACUUGAUAAGUUACCUUACCCAAGUGCUGAACAUGCCAUUGGUAUCUGCCUCCAACAUUCUCACAAUCUUUGUUGGAACGGGUAGCUUCACCCCUCUUCUUGGUGCUCUCAUUGCUGAGUCCUUUGCUGGCCGCUUUUGGACCAUUACUAUUGCUUCUCUUAUCUAUCAACUGGGAUUGAUAAGUUUAACAGUAUCAGCUAUACUACCCCAUUUUCGCCCCCCACCAUGUCCAACACAAGAGAAUUGCCAAGAAGCCACAUCCUCACAGCUGAGCAUGCUCUACAUCUCUCUCCUCCUCACAUCUCUUGGAUCCGGUGGCAUUAGGCCUUGUGUUGUGCCCUUUCUGGGGGACCAAUUUGACAUGACAAAAAAUGGUGUGGCAUCUAGGAAAUGGAACCUCUUCAAUUGGUACUUUUUCAGCCUUGGAUUGGCUUCUCUUAGUGCCUUGACCAUUGUGGUUUACAUUCAAGACAACACUGGCUGGGGUUGGGGCUUUGGCAUACCAACUAUUGUCAUGCUUGUAUCCAUCAUAGCCUUUGUGUUGGGCUCACCACUUUAUAAGACUGAGAAACCAGAAGGGAGCCCUUUGGUUCGUUUGGCCCAAGUGAUUGUGGCAGCUAUAAAGAAGAGGAAUGAGACUUUACCAAGUGAUCCCAAGUUUUUGUACCAAGAUAGGGACCUCGAUGCUGCUAUUUGUUUGGAAGGAAGGCUCUUACACACGGAUCAAUUUAAAUGGUUAGACAAGGCAGCAAUUGUCACAGGGGAGGAUGCCAGAGACCCAAAUGCACCACCAAACUUGUGGAAAUUGGCCACAGUGCACAGAGUUGAGGAGCUAAAAUCCAUCAUCAGAAUCCUUCCAAUUUCCUCAUCAGGAAUUUUACUCAUAGCUGCAUCAUCACACCUUCCCAGCUUUGUGAUUCAACAAGCUCGAACGAUGGACCGACACCUCUCUCACUCAUUCCAAAUUUCCCCAGCCAGCAUGUCCAUUUUCAGUGUACUAACCAUGAUGACAGGAGUCAUUGUAUACGAACGCCUUUUCGUUCCGUUCAUUCGCAGAUUCACCAAGAACCCUUCAGCAAUCACCUGCAUACAAAGAAUGGCAAUAGGCUUUGUGAUCAACACUAUAGCCACAUUGGUUUCAGCACCAGUUGAAAUCAAGAGAAAAGCUGUUGCUGAAAAGUACCACUUAUUGGAUAGUCCAAGUGCAACUAUUCCAAUAAGUGUGUUCUGGUUGGUACCUCAGUAUUGUCUUCAUGGUUUGGCUGAUGUUUUUAUGUCUGUUGGACUCUUUGAGUUUCUCUAUGAUCAAUCACCUGAAAGCAUGAGAAGCAGUGCUACUGCUUUGUAUUGUAUAGUGAUAGCACUUGGGAGCUAUGCUGGUACAUUUGUUGUGACACUUGUGCAUAAGUAUAGUGGCAGUAAGGAGAGGAAUUGGUUGCCUGAUAGGAACCUCAAUAGGGGUAGAUUGGAGUACUAUUACUUGCUUGUAAGUGGGAUUCAAGUGUUGAAUCUGGUUUAUUUUGGAAUUUGUAUUUGGUGUUACACUUACAAGCCCUUGGAAGAGAUUGCUGAAGUGAGCAUGGAAAAGGAUUUGGAGUUGGAACAGGCCAAUUCAAAGGUCUCAUGUGUCAAUUCGAAAGAUGGUGGAGAUGCUGAAUAAUUAAAGUUUAGAAAAAGAUUAAUGUAUUUAUGUUCACGUACACGGUGGCUAAUUUGCUUUGUUUGUUGGACUCUCUGAAUGUUCAACCCCCGAAUCUCAACUCUCAACUAGUAACAUAUGUAAUUGUGAGCACAGAGUAUUUCUUUUUUUGUUUCAAAAAGUGCUUAUUCGUUUGACAUUACUGAGGGAUAUUUGACGUUCUAAGUAAUAGAAUUGUCUUGAAGUUAUUAUAUUUUUUUAGAUAUUAUUAGUAUGGAA